GCGUGGCCGGUACCGCCCCGCGCUCCCCGCCGCGGCGGUCGCUGUGGGAGCCGCACCGGCAGCGGGGCAGCCAUAGCCCCUCAGCGAGCGGUCGCGCCGGCACCAGAAACGCAGCUGAAUGAAGCUUAAAGGGCCACAGAUGAAAGAACUCGAACAUGUUUCUGAAGGUUUAAGAUGUGUCUGACAGUGACCUCCUUACCUUACUAAUAAAGAAGAGUGUUUCAGCAGAGCUUAGGAUAUGUUUACUCCAACUUCUUAAUGUACUAACUGGAAUGGUGUUCUGACAACAAUUCUUCAUAGUAAAGUACUUACCCUACUACAGAACAGUAUUAUUUUCUCUACUGAUAAUGCAACUCAAUGGAGGAAAGUAAUGUUUUGAUAAGCAUGCCUGAAGAUCGUUCCUUUCAUGUUCGAUACAGGUCAUGUCUCAGGCUCAUUUGGGUUUGACUGCUUUUUCCUUCUUUCUGGUAUUCCAAUAGAACUAACUUUAAAAAGAAGUCGGUGGCCUACUCCUAAGGAGAGGCUUUAUUAUGGGUCUGUUUCAUACUGUGCAAGCUGUUUCUUCGUCCCCAAUGUAGCUGGCCACCAUCACUUUAGCAGCCAUAAAAAUGCUUAUGCUGGUAGACGGAAGCUGGGUUUUCGUAUGUUGUUUAGUGAUUGAAAAUGCUGUUGUUAAUAAAGGGGUUAAUAAGUGAUCUGUAGAGUAAUUGUUUGUAGAAUUCGCUUGUCUCGACCUGCUAAAUUCAUACACAAGAAACUUGUAACUGCUUUUAUCUUGACUGGAGGAAAAAACCCCACAAAUUCAGCUGUGUGGUUUCUUUGUGUAUGCAUAUGAUGCAUGUGUGUUGCUUUGUUUCUAAGUCUGCCAUCAAACCUGGUUUGAUUAAAGACAGUGUUGCAGUGGAGGUGUAGUUAAGGUGUUUGGAGGGGUCAGUGUGGUGUAUUUCUGCAGUAUGUACAGAAACCAAGACUAAGGGCAGGAGUUGGGAAUAGUAUAGGAUCUUUGUUAGUGUGGCAUUAGUAAUUUUAUGCAUCUGAGUUGGGGAGAUAUAAUAGGAUUUUUUUGUUUAGUCUCUAGGUAUGUUACAUGUGUCGUAGGCAGGGGGGAGGAAAAGAGAAAAGGGAGCCAGGCGAGAUGAAAAGCUUAGAGGGACAGAUAAGGAUGAGGUAGUUUUACAAAUGAGAAAUUAUUCAGGAGAUGCCAACCUUUCAGAGAACAGGUCCAAGCAACUACAAACAGAAUAAUGAAACAAAUCCCUAUGUGGGUAUUUCCACCGUAAUAUCUGGAAGAGCAUUACCCAGUUUAUCAGGAAUGGAAUUUCAUUACAAGUACACAGAUGAAUGGGCCUUGUUCUCUUCUCAUCUCUGCAGAUUCAGUGUAUCUUUUGUUUAGCCAUUGGGUGUUGAAUAAAUAAGUAAUUCAAUUCAGCUCUGGGAACAGAGCAAGUAAUUUCAUAUUCUCCUUGUAACUAUUUAAUGACUUCCUAAAACAUUGAUAACCUAGUGCUGUCUGGUCUGCCAGCACGCUGUUUAACUAUUAGUAGGGACAGUUUAAACAUUCUAAAGAAGUGAUGGUUUUAUGACUGGAGAACACCUAAGUAAAUCUUAAAAAAAAAAAAAAAAAAAAAAAAAAAAAAAACCCACCAAAAAAACCCAAAAAAACCCGCAAAACCAAAAAACCAAAAAACAAAAGAAACAAACAAACAAAGUGUUAAUUUUCAUAACAGAAAUAACUUCAUAAAUAAUGGAGGAAUAAAAACCCGAAACCCAAAACUAAACCUUUUCUGAGUCCGGCUUUGGUGCUUGAUGGAUAAUCCUGCGAACUUUUAAAAUAACUGAAUGAUUUCACAGCUCUUCCAUAAUGUGAAUAAAAUACUAAUAUUGGAUACGGGCAACUGUGGAAAUAAAUAUCUUGUGUUCUCUGUUAAUUUUUUUUUUAUAGUGUAAUUAGACUUUGCAAUUGCAGAAGUUCAGUAAGAAUGGAUCCAAAUGGAAUCAUAGCUUUAACUCGUCAUACAGAUUCUGCCAAGCUAUUCACACAGCCUUUCUAGAGUUGCACUCGAGUAGUGUUAAAUAGUGGGUUCUUUUUUUUUUUUUUUUUCCACUCAAACAGUUCCUAAUUCCUGUUCUCAUUUACUUCCUGUCGUUCUGAUUGAAUUAAAUACUGUAAUAAUUUUCGUCAGCCUCGGUAUAAGCCUUCAUAGAUAUUUGUGUUCUGUCUGAAAAAACUGAAAUCUUUGAUAUUUAAUAAGUUAUAUUAUGUCUAGGUUUGCAAAGUCAAAGAUUAUGUUUCAUGUUCCUUGAUGAAAGGGUAAUGCUGCCAUGGCAUUUGGCAGUCUUUGACGUAGUGUGAUAUUGUCUUUGCACCUUUUUAAACUGUGCCUUUUCUUCAUUGAUUAGGUGGCUGAUUUAUCACAAUUGCAAAUCCAAGCAUGAUUUUUUUUUUUUUUUUUUUUUAAUGGGACAAAUUCACGUACAGAACCGGAGCCCACUGUAACGUUUUGGACUGUUAUGUCAUGUACACGUCUUGCUGAAAGCUCUCCCCUUUUUAGCUAAAAAUCUAAAGAAAUGAGUGUGAUUGUAUAAUGAUCUAAAUCUUCGCACUAAGGAGCACCAUAUUUUCUAGCCAUCACUUUAAUUGGCCAUGUCAUUUAACAUGAGGUGUCCGGAGAGAACCUCUUUGGAUAGGAUUAAGAUUACCCAAUGAAGUGUUUUAAGUCUUAAACCUUCAGUUGCUGAUGGUGUAAUCAUUUCUGCCUUGUACUUAACUGUACUUAAUCAUUUCUGCCUUUUUCUGUCUGACGUUCAACACAUGCAGAAUGUAACAAAACCCAGGUUGUGCAUUCUAGCAAACAGGAAUGCUUUCACUUCUCUGAGAAGAGCUUCCAAACCUAAAAACACUGCGUGUGUUAUGGAUAUCCAACCUGAGAAGUUGGGCCUGGGAAGAACUUCAUGCCUGACUUUGCAUUUGCUGUCUGCAUCUUCAACAGCUACCAGGUGGUUUUAAUUGCAAAAGUUAAAUAUGUCUGCCAUCUCGUUGUGCUUAAGUUGUGGAAUGUCGAAGACCAGCAGGUAUGGUACAAUUUUGUCUUGGUAACUUGUUUUACCUAUGAUCCAAAAUCUUCUAGUUCUCUUGAAAGUAAUAGGAUAUUUCCAAAAUAUUCCUGUCUUACUCAGAUUUGAGUAGACUGUCAUAUAACCUAGUUUCUUCCUAUUUAGAAAAAUAAUGAAACGUUAACGGUGCAGGUGGGUUAAAUAUCUAUCACUCUGUCUUGUCAAAACAGCUGUUUUCUGCUGUUGCCAUUAAAAUAACUUUUGGAAAAGUCAACAUUUGAUUGUUGCUAUUACUGAUAUGUGCAUACAAAGGGAAACGAUUUUAGGAGUAGAAUUGUAAAUGUUUUAUUCUUACAACCGGGUAAAUAUCAAAUCAUGGCAUGACAAGGAUAUCUUUAACUACACCAAAUGUUCUGGUUUGGAGUGCAAGCCCUUGUACGUACUGUAUAAACCACUUGAAAAAAAGAAGAAAAAUUCAAAACAAUGGACAGAUUUACAAAGUUGAUGUCACCUUUUUGGCAGUAUUAGCACACGCUUUUUGAACACUUACAGAAAGGCUUUGACUGAGUUUCCUUGUUUAAAAUAUGUUGUGAAAGUAGAACGAUAAUUUUGUGAGCUUUUUAAAAUGCAUGUAUCUUUAAAAUGUGCUUCAGGAUGAAGACCUGAAGAUGUCUUUCUCAUCCUUCUCUCUCUCACCUCGCUUGCAUUAGGAAAUGUUUGUAUAUAAUCAUUAACACUUAGUGAAAUGUUACCUUUUGCACACCUGAAUUCCCAGUAGCAAAACCACAAUGAAUGUGUUUUGGCAGCUGCAGUUCUGUAACAGCUUCUUUGCUUAUUGUUCAAAAUGUAGUCUUCUACAAAUUCUGUAAAUUAAUUCACAACUCCCUUCUUUACUGCUUGCUGUAUUUUGUAUCUACACAAUUAUUUGCUUAUAAUAAUAAAAAGUAUUCCAUUGGGUUUCGAACAAUGGCAUCUCAGUGAAGUAACUCGCCUUUACAUACAUUUUGUCAUUAAUUCAGUCUAUAUCUUUUUUUCUUUACACUCGGAGAAUUUUCAUAGCAGUGCCACUGUAGGAAAUGAUGAGGUGCCAAGGAGUACUGAAUUACACAGGAAACAACUUUGGGAAGAAUAGUCAUGGUCUUUGAUACACAGGAAUAAUUGAAUUUUUAAUUUAAUUUUUUUUUCCAUGGAACAUUUUGCAGAUAACUGUGAUAGGAGCCUAAAAAAAGAAGAGCUUAUGUUUGUCAAAACGGGUAUUUGCCAAUAAUAGCUUGUUUUCUAGGUCACUUUUCUGAGAUUAUAUAGAUGGUAAAAACUCUGCAUUUUUGAAUCCUACAGGUGCUAUAUAUGGACAAAACAGUGUUCGGAUUUCCUCCCUGAGACUUAGAAAGAAAGAAGGAAAAAAAAUAAUGGUGAAGCUGUUUGUUCUAAUGUUAUGUUUGCUCACCACCUUUGAAGUUGCAUUUUCCAUUUCAGCAUUAGUUUCUGUAAUAUUACAGUACAAAGCUCAUUGCUUGUCCUGUGAUGCUGAGUCUCUGUCCUAAACAAAUGGACACCCUCCUGAGUAAAAUAAGCUUUUCAGAACUCUGGUUACUGGACAAAGUCCUGCAUUUAGAGUGACCGUGUAUCUUUUUGCUUAUGUUGUGCAGGAUGGAGGCUUCCUGCCUGGAGCUGGCUUUGGAAGGUGAGCGCCUGUGUAAAGCAGGAGAUUGCCGAGCCGGUGUGUCUUUCUUUGAAGCAGCAGUUCAGGUUGGAACUGAAGAUUUAAAAACACUCAGUGCUAUUUACAGCCAGUUAGGCAAUGCCUAUUUCUACUUGCAUGAAUAUGCAAAGGCCUUGGAAUACCAUCACCAUGAUUUAACUCUUGCAAGAACAAUUGGAGAUCUACUGGGCGAAGCUAAAGCUAGUGGGAAUCUGGGCAACACCUUAAAGGUUCUUGGGAAUUUUGAAGAAGCUAUCGUUUGUUGUCAGAGACAUCUGGAUAUUUCCAGAGAGCUUAAUGAUAAGGUAGGAGAAGCAAGAGCACUGUAUAAUCUGGGAAAUGUGUAUCACUCUAAAGGGAAAAAUGUAGCCAGUGCUGGGACUCAUGAUCCAGGGGAACUUCCAGAUGAUGUGAAAAAUGCUUUACAAAAAGCUGCAAAUUAUUAUGAGGAAAACCUCGCAAUAGUAACAGAGCUGGGUGAUAGAGCAGCACAAGGACGUGCCUUUGGAAACCUGGGAAACACACACUAUCUUCUGGGCAACUUCAGGAGUGCGGUUUUAGCCCAUGAACAGCGUCUCCUAAUUGCAAAAGAGUUUGGUGAUAGAUCAGCGGAAAGAAGAGCAUACAGCAAUCUUGGAAACGCCUACAUCUUCCUGGGUGAAUUUGAAACUGCUUCGGAAUACUACAAGCGGACGCUCCAGCUGGCUCGACAGCUUAAAGACAGAGCUGUGGAAGCACAGGCCUGUUACAGCCUUGGGAACACGUACACUUUGCUUCAAGACUAUGAAAAAGCAAUUGAUUAUCAUUUGAAACACCUUGCGAUUGCUCAGGAAUUAAAUGACAAAAUUGGUGAGGGAAGAGCAUGCUGGAGUUUAGGGAAUGCUUACACUGCGCUGGGAAAUCAUGACCAAGCUAUGCAUUUUGCAGAAAGGCACUUGGAGAUCUCACGAGAGGUAGGAGAUAAAAGUGGAGAACUCACUGCUAGACUUAAUCUUUCAGAUCUUCAAAUGGUUCUUGGAUUAAGCUACAGCACAAACAACUCCAUGAUGGCAGAAAGCCACGUGGUAGAUACCAGUCUGAAUGGUACCAGACCAAGAGUAGGACGCCGCCACAGUAUGGAGAACAUGGAACUUAUGAAAUUAACUCCAGAAAAGGUUCAGAACUGGAACAGUGAGAUUCUUGCUAAACAGAAACCACUGGUUGCCAAACCUUCAGCAAAACUGCAUUUUGUAAAUCGACUAAAAGGCAAAAAGUACAAAACCGGCACCACUUCCAAAGUUUUGCAGGAUGCCAGUAAUUCUAUUGAUCAUCGACUUCCAAACUCACAGAGGAAAAACAGUCGAGAGGCAAUGGCAGAUGAAGGGUUCUUUGAUCUGCUGAGUCGAUUCCAGAGCAACAGGAUGGAUGAUCAGAGAUGCUACUUCCAGGAGAAGAAUAGAUUCCCAGCUGCUUCAGUGGCAACAUCCUCUACUCCACCUAAAACAAUGAGAAAAUCCUUUUCUACAUCUGUAGUCUCACCCCACACAGAUGAGUUUCUAGACCUACUCGCUAGCUCGCAGAGCCGCCGGCUCGAUGACCAGCGUGCCAGCUUUAGCAAUCUACCUGGACUUCGUCUUAAUCAGCACAACAGUCACUCAGUCCUGGGUCACCUCAUGGCGAGUAACAACAGGGACCUAGAUGAUGACUUCUUUGAUAUAUUGGUAAAAUGUCAGAGUUCCAGACUGGAUGAUCAAAGAUGUGCUCCUCCCUCACCUGCAAAAGGACCAACUGUACCAGAUGAGGAUUUCUUCAGCCUGAUUUUACGGUCACAAGCUAAGAGAAUGGAUGAACAAAGAGUCCAUUUACCCUCAACUAUAAAGGGACCAAGUUCUAGCUGAAGAAACAAAACAGGCGUGUACUGUACAGUAGCACAUUAGGUAUCAUUAUUUUGUUUGCUGGAAAAACAUAAUGUCUUCUUACAGAAGACUGCAGUUAGUAGAUUUGCCCCCUUUCUAAUAAUUUUUUUUAUGAGUAGCAGCAGCAUCACAUUUGUGACUAGUAGUUAUUACCGCUGCUGCUUGCUGCAGUGUCCGAGACACCGAUUACUGUGUGUCCCUCUUAACUGCCUUUAGUCUAUGAACAUGAAUACAAAUUUUCCACUGUCAAGGUACUGUCAUUGCUGAGGUGUGGAUUCUACCACUGUCUCAAUCCAGUGAAAGACCUACAUUUGUAUAUUCUUUUUAAAGAAAACUUGGGUUUUGUUUUUUUUCUGAUUUGUACCUCCCUGGGAAAAAAAUCCUGUUUUCUUUUGUACUUUUUUUAAAAGAUAAAAAAUAAUUGAGAAAUAGCUUCAGUACUUAAGUCUGUCUUUGCAGAAACAGAGUUUGGAAGAAACAAUCAUUUUUUAUUAAAUAAAAAAAAAAUUAAAUCAAA